AUACGGGAUAGCUGCUGCAACUUGAAACAAGAUGGGAGAGACGAGAAAACGAUUAGCGUUGGCUAUUAUCGAUCACCUUCAGUCUGAAGUGAAGGAUGGAACGAUAUCCAGUGAUAUGGAAGAGAGUGUAGAAGUUGCUGUGGAUUGCUUGGCUCAGUGCUACGAGUUGAAUCUUAGUGAUCGAGGUGGGCUGGAGAAGAUGCGAGUAGGAAGAAAUCUCAUGGACAUUUUCUCAAGAGCUUGUGUAGGUGAUCUAGAGGCAGCAGAAAAGUCUAUGGAGCCAGGGGUUCUCUCUGAAGAAGACAAACAGCGAGCUGAAGCAUUGAAGAACGAGGGGAAUGAGUUUAUCAAAAGCAACAAGUUUGAAUCGGCCUUACAAUGCUACAAUGGAGCAAUCGAAAUUGAUCCAAAGAAUCCAAUUUAUGCUUGCAACAGAGCUGUAGCGUACCUGAAGAUGCAACAGUAUGAGAAAGCCAUUGUGGAUUGUGAAAAAGCUAUUGAUCUUGACCCAGAAUACAGCAAAGCAUAUGGACGUUUAGGCUAUGCACAAUUGCAAAUGGGUAAACUAGAGGAAGCAAAUGAAGCUUAUGAGAAGGCUUUGAAGUUUGAUCCUGAAAAUGAGAGUCAUAAGGCAUCUCUUGGAGCUGUAAAGCUUAGGCUCACAGCACAAACACGACAAGCUGAAGCUACUCAACAGAAUUCUGCAGGAACACAAGGAAACAAUGAAAGCGGUGCCUCAGCUAAUCUAGGUGGCCUACCAGGCUUGGGUGGUGGUCUUUCAUCAUUUUUCAAUAAUCCUGCAAUUAUGAACAUGGCACAGUCUGUGAUGAGCAAUCCUCAACUCAUGCAAAUGGCAUCGAGCUUUUUUACUAAUCCGCCUGGUGCUUCAGCAUCUGCUGGUGGUGGAGAAGGAGGUCAGGCACCAUCAAUGGAUGCGCUGUUUUCUGUUGGUCGUCAGAUGGCUGAGCAGAUGCAACGUGAAAAUCCUGAAGUUUUAGAGCAACUGAGAAGCCAGUUUGGUGGCGAAGAAGAUGACACUGAACAUACACCUGAAGAUAAACCAUGAAGUCUGCCAAGCAAGAUUGUGUACAGCAAUAGCAGUGAUACUGUAGUUUUUUGGUAGCACAGAGCUGACAAACCAAUUAGGUACUUGAAAUUAUACACCAAACGUUUGGAAACUAACAGUCUUCUUCAUAUCAAAUAUGCUGGAGCUCUAGGGUGCAUAUACCCUCACCAUAUACAUAUACC